AAGAAAAUGAACGAAUUGUUUGACGAAGACUACAGUGAUAUAGAGCAAGAUGUUGAAGAUGUACUCGACCUAGACGCUGAUGAAGACCCUAUCUAUAAUGCCAGAACCCUUCAGUAUCAUGAAAGUCAUGGAACUUUAGUCAAACCUGAAAAGAGAAGAUCUCAACCCUAUUUGACCAAGUAUGAGAAGACCAGGAUCAUUGGCAGUCGUGCUGAGCAAAUUGGCAGAGAUGGACCUUUCAUGAUGGAACAUAAUGAAGGUCUCAACGCGUUAGAAAUGGCUGAGGUUGAGCUAUACUUCAGAAAAGUACCAUUCGUAGUCAAGAGGAAAAUGCCAAACCAGAGAAUCGAACUUUGGAGAAUUGAAGAGCUCUCAUUUGAUAGGAUUGAGUUUGACAUGGAUGUAAUCAAAAGAGGAACUCCUAAGCCUAAACCUGAAAAAGAGUCAGAAUCCUCUGAACUCAAAGACCAGAUUCUUGAGGAGGUGAAAGAAGAUAGAAAGUUAAAGUCAAACAGAGCUACCUUGCAGCAAGCUUAUAAGUCAAUCUUCUCAAAAAAUAGAGAACAGAAAGUAAAUGUUGACGAGCUUGACAUCAUAAACAAAAACCUGGUUCCCAUCAAUUCCAUAACAAAAAAGAGAAUUGUGAAGAAGGAGGAGUUUGGCUCAUCCUCUAGCACUAUCAAGCAUGAAGAUCAAGUCAUUGAGGAAUCAAAAGACCCCGAUAUCGGAAGCCCUCAGAAAGUACACAAGAGAAGCAAGAAGUCUGAUAUGUGCAUACCUCCGGAAACUACUGAAGAAACAAGAGAUAGAGAAGAGAGAUUGAAAAAGAAAUUGAUGCUACUAUCUAAUGAGGAAGAUGCUGAGAUGGAAGAAAUCAAGACUACUGAACCUCUUAGAGAAAGAAGCCCUAACAUUCCUGAAGGCCAAAGAUCUUUUACUUCAUCUACCCCUGAUAAACAAUCAAAACAAAAGAAAUCAAAGGACUUAUCAAAAACCUCAGUCGAAGUGAUCCAAAUUGAUUCAGAAGAAUCUUACCAGAACUCUACUUCAAGAUCCCAAAAUACAAAAACUCCCUUAAAACCGGUUCAGAGUUCAUCAAACCGCUCCAUCAGUCACAGCGAUCUUCCACUCCUCGAAGGCGACAUCGGAGCUGAUGCUGAAGGAGAAGACGAAGGCGCUGAAGGUGAAGAAGCUGAAAGCGAAGGCGCUGAAGGCGAAGGCACUGAAGAAGAGGAAGAAGGAGGCUCUCCUGACGAGACUAUGGAACUUGAUAAAACUACCGAAGAGCAGAAGGAAAACUACGAAAUCAUCAGUAGCAGCGAGGAAGAACAGAGCAAACAGAAGGGUCACCCUUCUAGUGGACCUCCCAAGGAGGUUAAGAAGAGACUGAACAAAAGGUUUCUAGAAAGUAGUCUUGAUAAUGUUAGUGAUGACGAGUUGUAGCA